GGUGGGAGAGAGAAAACAUUUUCCCUCCAUUUUUGUGCGUUUGUUUUUAUUUGACAUGUUUCGUGAAGAUAGCAACAAUGCAUUUUUAUUUCAAAAGAAACACACAUUGGCACGAUCGUGGCGUCCUCCACGCCAGAGUUGUGCGCAUUGGUGCGCAUCUCUUCAUUAAGUCAACAUCGAUCCAAUUUUAAUGGGUGAUAAUAUAACUAAUAAAUUGGGGAUUUUCAUCAGUUUUCAAUGAAAAUCGGCGGCAAGGAAAGCCGCAGUUCCGAGCAGGGUUAACGAUGCCGAUAGACCAAUUUAGUUACGACCUGUUUAUUCCACAGCCAAGAUUUCUUGGUCAAGAUGAACGUGGCCAACUGUUACUUAGAGUUGAGCAUCACCGACAAACAAUCUGGCGAAGAAUGGCAAUGCAGCUAUGAUAGUGCUUAUAUUGAAAACCUGACGAGAAAAACAGGAAAUUUCAAGCAGUUCGACAUUUUCACGACAAUGCUAAAAUCCGGAUUUUUAAAAACGAGCGAAUGCAUAUCGUUAGAUCUAUUAACAUACGAAGAUUUAGAAUCAUUAAGGAUCAGAAGGAUUAAGAGUCACACCUCGAGGACGAUGCUGAGCAAAGAAAAAUGCAAUAGAAGAUAUUUAAUUUUAAUUUAUAACGUAGAGUUUGAUAGGAUUUUAUAUCCUUUACCAUUGGAAUAUUGUGGACCGCCGGAUCCCUCGGUUCUUCAGGCGACCAUAAGAAAAUUGGAGAUGGAACUUACGAAAAUAAAAACCGAGAAGAGGCCUCCGAGCAAUGAGUCUUCGUUGUGGAUAUUGCAAAAACGUAUAGAUGAAUUGGAGAUGGAGAAUAGCGAGCUGAAAGAUGAAGUUCGAUUUUUUAGCAGGAAAGGUAAAGGCAAGAACAAAGUUUCCAUGCUGCAGAGCGCAAUCAGUCAUUUGGAGAAAAGUGUUAUGGUCGAGCGCAAAUCGCAUCACACACUAGUAGAAAAGCUAAGAAGAGAAAAAGUACAAUUAGUUAGAGAAGUUGAAGUAUUGAGAAAUAGCGAACGAAACUUGAAACUGAAGUUAAGUCAAAGCAAUUAUAAAAGUCCCAUUCGGACAAAGCCGCCGACAAAUGAUUUAAAAUUUAGAAGAGGCGACGAAUUUAGAAACUUGUACAGGAAUUGUUCGCCUACGAAAACAAAUACUCGACGAGCAAAGAGCGAGGGUUGUGCCAAUAGAAACACAAAAUCAACGGUCGGUAAGAAAAGUCGAGAUUCCUCAACAUCCAGUUGCAAAUUCUCCGACUAUGAUCAGCGCAAAAGCUCAAUGAUUCGGUCACGUUCAACUUCACUUGAUUCUAAUAGUUCACGCAAUGGACAUGCAUCGGAAAUCCUGAAACUGAAGGUCAAGAAUAGCGAGGAUGAGUUUAGGUCCCUCGAAACUCGCAUUAGUACGCUACAACGGAUGUUAAGAGAUAAUAUAAAUAUAUUUUAGUUUUUA